AUGAUUCCUGAUUCCCUUUUUACUUGUGAAUCGUUAAGAACGUUAGACUUUCAGUUUCCAGAACUAAAUUGGCGGCUUGAGCUUCCAGAGUCAAUUUCUCUUCCAAGACUUAAGAUCCUCCGGCUUACUAAUAUUAUAUAUGAUGAUGAGAAAUUGGCAGGGAAACUCUUUUCUAGUUUCCCAAUACUUGAAGAAUUGUGUUUGACCAAUUGUAGAUGGGAGAAUUUUGAUUUUAUAAGUUUUUCAGCUCCUGCAUUGACUCUAACUGGUGGUGGGAGUAGUAGAAUGGAAUAUGCCAAGAUAAAGAUUGAUGCCCCAAAUCUUAUGUCCUUCACUUUCCGUGAUUGGCUGCCAGAAGGUUUUGUUGUCGAUAGUUUUCCGUUGCUACAUGAUGCAGAUAUAUGCUUUGAAGGCGACAUAGAGUACAGAUCUGGUCCUUUAUCUAAAUUUAUAAAGAAAUUCUGCAAUGUAAAGCUCUUGAAAAUCUCAGGUGCUUACUUUAAGAUUCUCAAGCGCGCAAAUGUACUGUCGACAAGUUUCCCUACCUUUGGUAAUUUGAUCCGGUUAGAAGUGGAUGAUAUUCAAAUGAAAACAUUACUUAACUUUCUAGAGCUCUCUCCAAAUUUGGAAUCCCUCGUCAUCAAUGAGGUCGAAUAUAUGGGAGGCGAGAACGUUUCCACAUUUAAGGUAGUACCUCAAUGUUUAGUAGUAUCCCUCAAGUCAAUUGAAAUUCGUAAGUUCACUGGGUACCUGGAGAUGGUUAAAUUCGUUUUGAAGCAUGGAAGAGUUCUUCAGACGGUCAUUAUUGAUGAUUAUAAAACAGAAGCCAAGUGGGUUGAAGCUUCUAAUAAGAGUCUUAUGACCAUGUUAAGACGAACUCCAUGGGCUUCAGCAGGUUGUGUCAUUAAGUUCUUGUCGAACCAUGGAACAUGUUGCGAGUUCAGGCUUUAG